CUCCUACACCCCCCUCUCCCCUCUCUCUAGCUCCUUCCUUCUCGUGUCUCUGCGUGUUUGUGUGAAGCUUUUAUCCGUUUCUCAUGGCGUCCGCUCGUGAGGGACAUUAUAGAGGGGUACGCAAGAGGCCAUGGGGUCGCUACGCUGCUGAGAUACGUGAUCCGUGGAAGAAGACCAGGGUUUGGUUGGGUACAUUCGACACCCCCGUAGAAGCUGCUCUCGCAUAUGAUGGCGCUGCUCGCUCCCUCCGUGGAGCCAAGGCCAAGACCAACUUCCCUGCUCCGGUCACCCCGGGCCUCCCCCUCGACCUCAACCUCCCCUCCCCUGGCCACUGGAACUCCCAAUCCGGUCGUCUCGCCCUCGGUGAGUUCUUGCAGCCCGGCCACGUCCUCAACGACAUGAGCGGCGGCGUACAGUCGGACUCUUCAUCUCCACAUAGGCGAGAAGCUCUUGUUACUGCCGCCGUGGGCGUAGUUCCGUUGCCGGAGAGCUCUGCCACGGCGUCUUUUCUUGGACUCGUACGCCGCGGUUUGCCCGUUGAUUUGAACGAACCUCCUCCGUUGUGGCUUUGAAGGAAUGCGCGAGAGCUGUUUAGGGCCCUAGGAUUCUUUUUCUUCUUCAGUACUCAAGAGGAUCGUUGUGCUUCUCUCAUGCAUGACUUAGAUAUCUCCGAGUUUUUUCAUUCCUAGCUUCUGGUUUUCCUCUGAUCCUUCAAUACCAGCGACUAGUCCCCCUUUUCUAGCUCUGUGUUUAGACUUUGAGAGGUAGCAACCGAAAGGAAAAAUUACGAAGAAAUGAAAAGGGAUAUGUGAAUAUAUGAUCAGUAAGUAUAUGUUUUUCGUUUUUGUUUCCAAGAAACACGACGUUCCACUUC